AUGUAUUUACUUAAUACAAUCGCUAUAUUAUUUUUAAUCUCAAGCUUAGUUCUGGUGGUAAUUGGGAAAUACUUUAUCUUAGGGCCAUCAGGAAUUAUUAUUCAUAAAGCUGAACCAUGUAAGGAAUACAAAAAUUUACCAAUUCAAGCUGAAUUAAGAUUUCGUAUGAUUAACAAAACCACGCAAGUUUUGGAUGGGCAUGUUUUUGCGCCAUUUGUUCUCGAAAACGACGUUGGAUUAAGGUUAAAAUGCGGUAAAAAAGAAAAAAAUAAUGUAAAACAGAACGCUUUUACCCUUGAGGAUAAUCAUUUAUGCGAAACUCUAAACAGAUACGUUGGUCCAUUAUGGUGGGAUGUUCAAAAGCAGAUUGGCAUGGAACCAGAAAAAUGUCCCAUAAAAAAGGGAAAUUACAACAUUAGCGGUUUAUACUUGGACCUAUCCAAAAUGAAAGUUCAAAUGAUUUUGGAGGGAGUCUUUUUAACAAGAAUUCAGUUUACAAGAAAAACUAAGACCAUUUUUUGUAUGGAUUUUGAGCUUGAAACUUUUAAAAGGGACUGA